AUGAAGCAGUCGAUUUUGCUGUUCAUUCUUGUUUUAAUACUACUCUUCCUCUGCAUCGAACAAGCCAACGGUUUCAUAAAACUGGUAGCUGUGGCUAAAAAAAUCGAAUUUAAAUCCCUUACAAGAACCUUCAACGUGUCGUAUAAAAUACAUCAACCAAAAUCCGUUGCAAACCAAUCAUUUGAUUUCAAUAUUGAUGUAACACGCAAAAUCAAGGAUCUGCGGCUGACAUUUCUUUACCACGCCGUUUCACAGAACGGCACGGUUCAGAAUGCACUCAUCAAACGUCCGAUCGAUAUCUGCUUUUUCCUACGAAACCCCAAAUCAGAUCGUUUGGUAAAAACCGUUUACGACUACGUGAAUGAUCGCAGCAACUUACCGGCAAGAUGUCCAUUCGGUCCCGGAAGCUACGCAGCACGGAACAUUCGAACGUCCGAUGUGCCGGUACCAUCGUUUCUACCACUGGCUGAGUUCGUACUGGAGCUCCUGUACUAUUCAGAAGUACGUGCAGAAAAAAUGAUAGAGUUUCGCCUGCAUGGGAAGCUAGUGCGUAUUAUUGAUGGUAUUUUUUCCAAGUGA